AUGCUCCUCUUCGCCGGCGAACCCGAGCUUAUUGGCGCUUUCUAUCAUCACUCUGGACAGUGCUACGAUCUUUGUCUUUCGCCGUCUUCCUGGAUCGCGAGCGCGGGGAGCUCAUGGGGCGUCUCAGGCUCGCAUAUCUUUCUGCUUGUCAGCGUUGCGUACACGGUCGCUCUUUCUGCUGUUCUCGUCGUCGCCUGGCCGGUGGAUGAAGACGCUUGCGAAAGCAAGCCAGUCUGCCUACCCUGGGCUACAGUGACAUCAGCGACGCCAAGCAAGCGCAAACGUUUGGCAAACGUGUCGAAGCUGGCUCCACCAGCAGACGCCAUUAAACAUCUCUGCGCGUUCGCAUACCGCCAAUAG